GCAAAAUAAACACAGAAGCUUCACCCAAGAAUCACAGACGUACUGUCGACGGACCUCACCCAUCUGACAAACAAUGGAAGCUCUUCAAACCUUAAUGCCGUCCAUAAAGGGUAUGUCUGUGUUUUCUUCCUCCUCCUCAUCAAUAAUGCCUUUGCACCUUAGCUUUGAUUUCCUUGACCCUGUUUUCUUGCAUGGUUUAUCUGGUUUGUUGCACCUUGUAUUGUUGUUCCUUCUGUUUUUCUCAUGGGUUUACAAGAAAAUCAAGGGGGCCAAACCCGAUCAGAUUACAAAGGAACACGGUGGUAGUACUGGUAGUAAUAGGGGAGCUAAGGUUUCUUCACGUCAUAAAGCAACCCUUUUGGGCUGUGUGUUUCUGGCGGGCUUUAAUCUUGUUCUCUGUUUAUUGAACCAUUUCCUUUGGUACAGAAAUGGUUGGUCGGAGGAAAAGAUUAUAACCCUUUUUGAUUUGAGCCUGAAGGCUCUAGCUUGGUUACUUGUUUCAAUCUUCUUGCACGCCCAAUUAUUGUUGGAAUCGAGUGAAAAUAAGUGCCCGUCUGUUUUGAGAGUGUGGUGGGUGCUUUUCUUCUUUGUAUCCUGCUAUUGCCUUGUCAUAGACUUCGUUGCUUUCUACAAAAAGCACCAAUCUUUGACAACUCUGUUUUGGGUGUCGGACAUUGGUUCCACGUUAGUGGGCUUAUUUUUCUGCGUCGUGGGGUUUUUGGGUAAAAAUGAAGGGGAAGGUAGCCUUCUUCAGGAACCCCUUUUGAAUGGUAGUGCUAGUGCUAAUUAUGUCAGUGAGGCUAAGAAAGCUACUGGGGAGGAUAAUCUCACUCCUUAUGCUAGUGCUAGUCUUUUUAGUGUUCUUUGUUUCUCUUGGAUGGGCCCUUUGAUUUCUCUUGGCAAUAAGAAAACUCUGGACCUUGAGGAUGUUCCUCAGCUCAUGGGACCUGAUAGUGUAAGAGAGGCCUUUCCAAUUUUAGAGCAUAAGCUAGAAUCCGAGUGUCAGGGGAGUAAUAAAGUUACCACACUCAUGCUGGUGAAGGGCUUGAUGUCCACUGUGUGGAAGGAAGUUCUGUUGUCAGCUGUUUUUGUGCUUCUGUACACAUUGGCUAAUUAUGUUGGUCCAGCCCUCAUCGACACUCUUGUUCAGUACCUUAACGGGCAGACAGAGUUCGACAAUGAAGGGUAUAUCUUGGUUUUUGCAUUUUUUGGUGCAAAGGUUGUUGAGUGCUUGGCACAGAGGCACUGGUUCUUUAGGGUACAGCAGGCUGGAUUUAGAGCCAGGGCUUCCCUGGUUGAGAAAAUCUAUACCAAGGGCUUGACCCUCUCGUGCCAAUCCAAGCAGGGGCACACAAGCGGCGAAAUCAUCAAUUUCAUGGCUGUCGAUGCCGAGAGAAUUGGUGAUUUUGGCUGGUAUAUGCAUGAUCCUUGGAUGGUUCUCAUACAGGUUGUUCUAGCAUUGGCAAUUUUGUAUAAGAAUCUUGGACUUGCUUCCCUUGCUACAUUGGUUGCCACAGUAUUAGUGAUGCUGGCUAAUAUACCAUUGGGAAAGUUGCAAGAGAACUUUCAGGAUCAACUGAUGAAAUCAAAAGACAGAAGGAUGAAGGCCAUGUCUGAAGUCUUGAGGAACAUGAGAAUCCUCAAGCUACAGGCUUGGGAAAUGAAGUUUUUGGCCAAAAUCCAGGAGCUCAGGAACAGUGAAGCCGGAUGGCUGAAAAAAUUCAUGUACACGUCAGCAAUGACCAGCUUUGUCUUCUGGGGUGCUCCAACUUUUGUGUCUGCAGUUACAUUCGGUGCUUGCGUGUUAAUGGGUAUCCCAUUGGAGACGGGCAAGAUAUUAGCUGCCCUGGCAACAUUCAGGAUCCUUCAAGAGCCCAUUUACAAUCUUCCUGAUACAAUUUCCAUGAUUGUUCAGACUAAAGUUUCUCUGGACCGUAUUGCUUCAUUCCUUUCCCUUGCUGACCUGCCACACGAUGUAAUUGAGAAGCUCCCAAGGAGCAGCUCUGACAUAGCUAUUGAGAUUGUUGAUGGGAAUUUCUCCUGGGAAGCGAUAUCUUCUAGCCUGUCUCUCAGAGAUAUAAAUGUCAAUGUUUCUCACGGCAUGAGGGUGGCAAUUUGUGGUGCUGUUGGUGCUGGCAAGUCUAGUUUACUUUCAUGUAUAUUGGGAGAAAUACCCAAAUUAUCAGGGAUUGUUAAGCUGUGUGGCACAAAGGCCUAUGUUGCUCAAUCACCGUGGAUACAGAGUGGAAAAAUCGAAGAGAAUAUAUUGUUUGGUAAGGAAAUGGAAAGAGAGAAGUAUGAUCGUGUUCUUGAAGCAUGUGCAUUCAAGAAGGACCUCGAAAUUCUUUCAUUUGGUGAUCAAACUGUUGUAGGUGAGAGAGGUAUCAAUUUGAGUGGUGGACAGAAGCAAAGAAUACAGAUUGCACGUGCACUCUACCAGGAUGCUGACAUCUAUCUGUUUGAUGAUCCAUUUAGUGCUGUGGAUGCUCAUACGGGAACUCAUCUCUUCAAUGAAUGCAUACUGGGACUUCUGUCUCGUAAAACAGUUGUUUAUGUCACUCAUCAAGUAGAGUUUUUGCCAGCAGCAGAUCUUAUUUUGGUUAUGAAAGACGGAAAAGUUACACAGGCUGGAAACUACAAUGACAUUCUGAAAUCAGGAAGUGACUUUAUGGAACUUGUGGGUGCACACAGGGAGGCUCUGUCUGUGCUCGAUUCUGUUGAAGUGACGUCGGCGAAUAUCAGUGAGGAUGGUAGCGGGGUGGGAAGCACUAAGAAAGCAGUAAAAAAAGAGGAAACUGGAGAUGGUGAAAAUGGUAAAAUUGAUGAUGGUGCUGGGCCUAAAGGACAGCUGGUUCAAGAAGAAGAAAGAGAGAAAGGCAAGGUUGGGUUUCCAGUUUACUGGAAAUACAUCACAACAGCGUAUGGAGGAGCUCUUGUGCCCUUCAUCUUGUUGGCACAGAUUUUGUUUCAAGUACUUCAAAUUGGAAGCAACUACUGGAUGUCUUGGGCUACACCUGUUUCAGAGGAUGUUGCUCCUCCAGUAACAUCAUCCACUCUCAUCACUGUCUAUGUUGCUUUGGCAAUUGGAAGUUCCUUUUGCAUCCUUUUCAGAUCCUUGUUUCUUGCGACAGCCGGGUAUCAGACCGCCACACUACUUUUCAAUAAGAUGCAUUUCAGCAUUUUUCGUGCUCCGAUGUCCUUUUUUGAUGCCACCCCAAGUGGACGAAUUCUCAACCGAGCUUCUACAGACCAAUCUGCCGUGGAUUUGAAUAUUCCAUACCAAGUUGGGUCGUUUGCAUUCUCCACAAUACAGCUUUUGGGAAUUAUUGCAGUAAUGACACAAGUUUCAUGGCAGAUCAUCAUCAUUGUCAUUCCUGCAAUAGCAAUCUGCAUUUGGUUACAGCGAUAUUAUAUAUCUUCAGCAAGAGAACUGGCAAGACUUGUUGGGGUCUGCAAAGCUCCAGUUAUUCAGCAUUUUGCCGAGACCAUCUCAGGAUCCAGUACAAUUAGAAGUUUUGAUCAGGAAACUAGAUUCCAGGACACAAGUAUGAAGCUGAUUGAUGGUUAUUCUCGUCCAAAGUUUCAUACUGCUGCUGCAAUGGAGUGGCUUUGCUUUCGCUUAGACAUUCUGUCUCUGAUCACUUUUACCUUUUUAUUAGUUUUCUUGGUCUCUAUUCCUGAAGGAACAAUUGAUCCAGGUGUUGCGGGAUUGGCAGUCACAUAUGGGCUUAACCUGAACAUGAUACAAGCUUGGGUUGUGUGGGUCAUUUGUCUGAUGGAGAAUAAAAUCAUAUCAGUUGAAAGAAUUCUCCAGUAUAUGAGUAUUCCUAGUGAGCCUCCACUUGUGGUUGAAUCAGAUAGACCCGACAAUCACUGGCCAUCACAAGGGGAAGUUGAUAUUUGUGAUCUUAAGGUCCGAUAUGCUCCGCAUAUGCCGCUAGUAUUAAGAGGCUUAACGUGCACUUUCUUUGGAGGAAAAAAGACUGGAAUUGUAGGGAGGACGGGAAGCGGUAAAUCAACACUUAUACAGACCCUCUUCCGAAUUGUUGAUCCAGCUGGUGGACAAAUAAAGAUAGAUAGUAUUAAUAUCUCUUCUAUCGGACUACAUGAUUUGCGAUCUCGAUUGAGUAUAAUUCCACAGGAUCCAACCAUGUUUGAGGGAACAGUGCGGACAAAUUUGGAUCCACUUGAAGAGUAUACUGAUGAACAGAUUUGGGAGGUUCUGGAUAAGUGCCAGCUUGGAGAAGAAGUUAGGAAAAAGGAAGCGAAGCUUGAGUCUGCAGUUUCUGAGAAUGGAGAGAACUGGAGUGUUGGUCAAAGGCAGCUGGUAUGUCUUGGUCGUGUGCUGCUCAAGAAAAGCAAGGUUCUGGUGCUUGAUGAGGCCACAGCAUCAGUUGAUACGGCAACUGAUAAUCUGAUCCAGCAAACUCUUAGGCAACAUUUUACUGAUUCAACAGUAAUUACAAUUGCACACAGAAUAACAUCCGUGUUGGGCAGUGACAUGGUCCUGCUGCUGGAUCACGGUCUCAUCGAAGAAUAUGAUUCUCCGACAAGGUUACUGGAAGACAAGACAUCUUCAUUUUCCAAGCUUGUAGCUGAAUACAGCACGAGAUCAACUUCUAGCUUUGGAGAGACCUAGAAAACAGCCGAAUAAAGUGUUGGUUUAUUUUGUCUGCUGUGAUGUGCAUGAUAAUGACGAAAACUAACAGUAUCCGCAUGUCAUGAGUUCUGCAUAGCAAGUAUAAAGGUGAGGCUAGAGCUUAUAGCUUCAGUAUGGUGUCUAAAUUCAUUUUCUUGAAAGGCAAAGUUACCUUCAAGCUUAUGGUGCUCUCGCAAGGAGGGACAUUCCUAUGCUGCUAGAUGACUAAUUAUGUCCAAGACUCAGUUGAAGCUCACCUGCACACGGCAGUUGGAAGCAGGUUAUAGCCCAACUCAUAUUCUGCAAUCUUGAUGGCGAAUCAGUUGAUGCAGCUUCAUUUUGAGUUAGAUCAUUUCAUCCAUGUUAUGUACUCUAAACUAAAUUUCAGUUUUCUGGUAAUAAAAGAUUGGAGGAUUAAGUACAUGUCCUUCUUUUGUAUGUACCAGGCGCUAUUUAAAUCAUUGGAACAUUAUUAAGCGUUU